AUGUUGUGCGCGGGGACCGUACCUCCUGACCAAUCUGUAUCUACGCCCACACCCCUUGGUGGCACCUCUUUCCCCAACAUUCCUGCUACAUCUACGUCUAAAACACGCCCUCAAAGCCUCACGCGGAUAUCAGCGACAACCCAGCAUCAGAACCAUAAUCCUAAUCAUCCACAUUGCAAUCAACAACAGCAGAACCAGAACCAGAACCAAAAUCAGAUUCACAAAGGACGACACUUGCACGACCAGAAGGGUAAGGGAAAGCAGAAGAAAAUCACAGAAGACGAGGAGCUUGAGCUAAAAGAACAAUUUGAAGACGAUUUGGACACAAAAUCCUAUACAGACACCGAAGACAUGAAGAUGGGCUUGAGUGCACUCCCGUACGACCUGCUCUUGAACAUUGCGACAUACCUCGACCUGCGUGAUGUGCAUGCGUUGCAGCUUACAUGUCGCGCUCUGUAUGACGCAUCCACCACCCGGCCCGUCUACCGCAAGCUCGCAAACGACCUCCUCCGACGAUGCCGCGCCCUCCCACUAAAAGGCUUCCAGCGCCUCGCGGAUUUGAGCACUGAUGCACUGAUCGCCGCCGUCAACAAGGCGCACCGUUAUGAGCGUGCGUGGCGAGUGCGCGCUCCAAGGCCGAUUGGUAGCGGAGAGAGGGAAAGAGGAGAGCGCGAGGGUGUGUGGGAGCGCGAGCGGGAGAGGCGGAGGCGCGGAAGCGGUGAAGCGAAAGGUCGUGGUGUUGCGGAAGGGAGGAAAGGCGAGGCCGGGGCGAUGGGACAGUGGGGCUGGGGGUACGACGCCCGCGGAGUGAACAAACAUUCAAAUUACAUGGAUGUCGCCCCUGCGGGAAAGCUCGCGGCGCGGCUAAAACAAGAAACAGAGGACGCGCUUGCGUCGCCUUCUUCCUCUUCAUCGGCACUAUCAAUACACAAAUCCAACGCAAAAUCACAUAUUUCUUCUGCCCUUUCGUCACCCUCAAGCAGCAACACUCCGUACAAAUGGUACAAAAUUGUCUCGGCACCGCCAGGCGAGGAAGUGGAUUGGCUGAGCCCCAUUACUUCCUCGUAUACGCUCUGCGCGACGAAGAGCGGCAAGGUGGUGUGCUGGGACGUGCAAGCCGAUGUGUGUCUUGCAGAAUGGAGUCCCGGAGCACGCUGGGAAUUGUGGAAGUGCCGUGUAGAGUUUGAAGAGCGCACGGUGUUUUUCACGAUGGCCAAGGUGCUUACUGGGUCAUACGACGACGACAGGGUCAUGGAGUUUGUACUCAUGCGCCUUACCUUCUCCGACCUGCCCUCGGGUGAAUCCUCCCCGUCCCCACCUGUGUUCUCCCCCGUCACAUCCUUCAAAACUACAGGCGUCGUGAUGAACGUUUUCCUUCUCGACCCGUCCACGCGCCUGCUCUCCGCAUUCAUCUGGGUCUCGUCCUCCAACACCAUUGGGCUCUACACUCUUCCGGACUGGAGCCGCCACCGCGAGUAUGUAUUUGUGGAUACAGGCAUCGAGUGCGUGAUGUCGUCGAAUUGGAGCUGUAUCCUGUAUAAGGAGAAUAUCGUUGUGCAUUGUGAGGAGGCGGAUGUGGCGUAUCAGCAUUUUUAUCCGUUGGAGAUGUUGAGGAGUUAUAUGAGUGUGCUUCCGGAGGAAGAGGAGGCUGGGGGGAGUGGGAAUGGGCGGAGGGGGAGGGGCCCGACGCCGGUUAUUUCACGGAGGGUGCCACCUGCGAGGACGUUGAAGAAGAGAUUUGUGUUUCCAGUUAUUGAGGAUAGCGAAGAGGAGGAAGAUGAAGAGGAAGAAGAUAUGGAAGUAGAGGAGGGAUACGAGGACGAGGACAUGCAUAACGAGUUUGCGUAUGCCGCUGCUGCCAGUGGUAAUGGGAACGCUGUGGCCGGCCCGUCGAAUUUAGGUUUGCUCAAUGGGCAGCAUCUUCAACCGACGACAACAACCUCCUCGCCUUCGUCUUCUUCAUCUUCGUCUUCUUCAUCAGCAUUGUCAUCGAGAAUAUCAUCGUCGACGUCGUCUCCAGCGACCUCGCUUGUCCCAGUGCCGUCCUCAUCAUCCGCACCCUCAACCUCAACACCCCCUUUGACCUCAAUAUCACCUUCUGUAUUAACAUCCAUACCACCCACACUCGCCCCUCCGCCUCCUGCCGUGCACCCCCCGAAUCCGAAUCCCUACCCCUUCCCGCCGUGGUACCCCGAGUCCGCCCAUUUCGUGCGCCAGUGGUGGCCGUCCCUCCCGCACAUCCCGCGCGUGAGCUGUACGGUCGUCCUCCUCGCUGCGCACGACCAGCGCACACAUAGAACGAGGUUUGUGCUGGCUCAGCAUUACUUCAGGGUGCCGAUGGAUUGGCGCGGGUGGGAGGAAGGAGGGCUGGAUGCCGGAUGGGAUGGGAAUGGUGGAGGUGGGGGUCGGGGAGGAAAUGGGAACAAAGGCGACGGUGGCAUGGCGGAGCGGCUGGUGCGGGAGAGCACGGCGCGCCAUGGAGCGCGGAAAGACAAUGGCGCCACCACCACGGGUCAGACGGGUACCUCUGGGACACAGCAGGUGGCGCGCACUCAAGAGGACGCGCGGGACGACGCGCUGAUGCACCUGUGGUAUGUAAGCACGCCGUUCGAGGUUGUGCGCGUGUAUGAUAGUGCCGCUGGUGGUGGUGGUAAUCAUAACCAAUCGGAUCAUGCAAAUGAGAACGUGCAUGGCGGAGGUGGCGGGCAAGCGAAUUCGGUGGCGAGUGGUAGCGCGGAUGGCGACCACGAGGACGACCUGGAUCACGAGCACGAUCAUGAACACGAACACGACCCGGAUCCGGAUCCGGACGAUGGUGGGCUCGCAGAGCGACCUCGCCCGCUUGUGGCGGUCGAUUUUGGGCAUGCGGUGUGGAUUGAGUAUGUGGACUCGGAUGUCGACGUUGAUGCUGAGGGCGAGGACGAUGAGGCCGAAGGCGAGGGGGGCGAAGAUGGCGGCGAUACAGAUGGCGACGAGUAUCUCCCAGACGCCAAUGGUCACACACAGGUCAAUGGACACUCGCACGCGCGGACAAACGGCGUGGCGCACUCAGGUUCGGGAGAAAGCUCGUCUAGCUCCAGUUCUUCGUCCUUGUCUUCGAGUUCGAGUUCGAGCUCUAGCUCUAGCUCUAGCUCUAGCGACCAGCAGCACACGGGCACUGGUGCGGCGAGGGCACCGACGACAGCAACAGGCGCGGACACGGACCCCAAAUGGUUACGCUUCGUCACUUUCCCGCCAUUCAACGAGGAGCUCGGUGUUGAUCUGUCGUCGUCGUCGUCGUAUUACCGGCGCGAGGACCGGAAAGGUAAAGGGAGAGGUAAAGGUAAAGGUCGGGGGCGGCACGCGGCGGGCGAGGUGCGCACGCUCGAGACGCCGCCGGAGCUCGAUCUUGGCCAGGUGGAAACGAUCAAUAUUGAUCAAAGUCAGGGGGCGGUGAUUCUCUCAGAUAAGGCGGGGAGGAUAUUUAUUUUGUGUUACGAGUAG